GGGCGGCCCAAGAGUCCAGGGUGUUGGCGGUGCGGUUCCCAGUUUCCUCAUCAUUUUCCUGGGACCUAGGCUGGCAGGAUGGCAGAGGAAGGUGCUGUGGCCGUCUGCGUGCGAGUCCGGCCGCUCAGCAGCAGAGAGGAAGAACUUGGAGAAGCUACACAAGUUUACUGGAAAACUGACAAUAAUGCUAUUUAUCAAGUUGAUGGGAGUAAAUCCUUCAAUUUCGAUCGAGUCUUUCAUAGUAGUGAAACUACUAAGAAUGUCUAUGAGGAAAUAGCAGUACCUAUCAUUGAUUCUGCUAUACAAGGCUACAAUGGCACUAUAUUUGCCUAUGGGCAGACUGCUUCAGGAAAAACACAUACUAUGAUGGGUUCAGAAGAUUGUUUGGGAGUUAUACCCAGGGCAAUUCAUGACAUUUUCCAAAAAAUUAAGAAGUUUCCUGAGAGAGAAUUUCUCUUACGGGUGUCUUACAUGGAGAUAUACAAUGAAAUCAUCACAGAUUUACUCUGUAACACUCAAAAAAUGAAACCUUUAAUAAUUCGGGAAGACAUCAAUAGGAAUGUGUAUGUUGCUGAUCUCACAGAAGAAGUGGUUUAUACCUCAGAAAUGGCUUUGCAGUGGAUCACAAAAGGAGAAAAGAACAGACAUUAUGGAAUAACAAAAAUGAAUCAAAGAAGUAGUCGUUCUCACACUAUUUUCAGGAUGAUUUUGGAAAGCAGAGAGAAAGGUGAACCUUCUAAUUGUGAAGGAUCUAUCAAGGUGUCCCAUUUGAAUUUGGUGGAUCUUGCAGGCAGUGAAAGAGCUGCUCAAACAGGAGCUGAAGGUGUACGACUCAAGGAAGGCUGUAAUAUAAAUCGAAGCUUAUUUAUUUUGGGACAAGUAAUCAAGAAACUUAGUGAUGGACAAAUUGGUGGUUUCAUAAAUUAUCGAGAUAGCAAAUUAACACGAAUUCUUCAGAAUUCUUUGGGAGGAAAUGCAAAAACACGUAUUAUCUGCACAAUUACUCCAGUAUCUUUUGAUGAAACUCUUACUACUCUUCAGUUUGCCAGCACUGCUAAAUACAUGAAGAAUACUCCUUAUGUUAAUGAGGUAUCAAGUGAUGAAGCUCUCCUAAAGAGAUAUAGAAAGGAAAUAGUGGCUCUUAAAAAACAGUUAGAGGAGGUCAGUAUAAAGACUCGGGCCCAGGAAAUGGAAAAAGACCAAUUGGCCCAACUUUUGGAUGAAAAAGAUUUACUUCAAAAAGUACAGGAUGAAAAAAUUCAAAACUUAACACGAAUGCUGGUGACUUCUUCUUCUCUUACAAUGCAACAGGAAUUAAAGGCUAAAAAAAAACGAAGAGUUACUUGGUGCUUUGGCAAAAUUAACAAAAUGAAGGACUCAAACUAUGUAAAUGAAUUUAAUAUGCCAGCAAAUGUAACAACAAGAAGACACAAGACUGAUGGCGCUGUGUUAGGAGAAAUUGAUGAAUCUCUCUAUUUAGAGUCUGAUGUCUUCAGUAAUACUCUUGAUUCAUUAACUGAGAUAGAAUGGAAUUCAGCAACAAAGCUACUAAGCCAGGAAAACUUAGAAAGUGAAUUGAACACACUCCGUGCUAAGUAUGAUAAUUUGGUAUUAGACUGUGAACAACUGAGAAGAGAAAAUGAAGAACUGGGAUUGAAAUUAAAAGAGAAAAAUGAUUUGGAUGAAUUUGAGGCUCUAGAAAGAAAAGCUGAGAAAGAUCAAGAGAUGCAACUAAUUCAUGAAAUUUCCAACUUAAAGAAUUUAGUUAAACAUGCAGAAGUAUAUAAUCAAGAUCUUGAGAAUGAACUAAAUUCAAAAGUAAAGCUGCUUGAAGAAAAAGAACACCAGAUUAAGAAUCUACAGAAAUACAUAGACACUCAAAAGUCAGAAAAUAUAAAAAUGGAUUUGUCAUACUCAUUGGAAAACACUGAAGAUCUAAAACAAAUGCAACAAACUCUGUUUGAUGCUGAAACUGUAGCUCUUGAUGCCAAAAAAGAAUCAGCCUUUCUUAGAAGUGAAAAUCUGGAGCUGAAAGAGAAAAUGAAAGAACUUGAAAGCACUUGCAAGCAAAUGGAAAAUGACAUUCAGUUAUAUCAAAGCCAAUUGGAAGCAAAAAAGAAGAUGCAAGUUGACCUGGACAAAGAAUUACAAUCUGCUUUUAAUGAAAUAACAAAACUUAACUCCCUUAUAGAUGGCAGAGUUCCAAAAGAUUUGCUCUGUAAUUUGGAAUUGGAAAGAAGGAUUACUGAUCUACAGAAAGAACUGAAUAGAGAAUCUAAAGAGAAUGAAGCUCUACGAAAAGAAGUUGAUUUACUCUCAGAGUUGAAAUCUUUACCCCCUGAAAUGGAAAUGCUGAGGAAAGAGAUCCAUGAAAAAUCUGAAGAGCUCUCUAUAAUAAUAUCAGAAAAAGACAAAUUGUUUUCUGAAGUAGCUCAUAAGGAGAGUAGAAUUCAAGGUUUACUGGAAGAAAUUGAAAAAACUAAAGAUGACCUAACAACUACCCAGUUGAAUUAUAAAAGCACUGAGCAAGAAUUUGAAGAUUUAAAAACCCUUCAUAUAGAAUGUGAACAAAAAUAUAAAAUGGUCCUUGAAGAGAAUGAGAGAAUGAAUCAGGAAAUAGGAAAUCUUUCUAAAGAAGCAGAGAAUCUUGGUUUAAGUUUGGAUGCUUUGAAGACUGAGCUUUCUCACAAAACUCAAGAGCUUCAGCAGAAAACAACUGAGGGUCAAGAAAGGUUAAAUGAAAUGGAACAACUGAAGGAACAAUUAGAAAGCAGAGAUUCUAGGCUACAAGCUGUAGAAAAGGAGACAACACUGAUUACUGAGAAACUUCAGAAAGCCUUAGAAGAAGUGAAAACCUUAACCCGAGAAAAAGAUGACCUAAAACAACUCCAGGAGAGCCUGCAGAUUGAGAGAGACCAACUCAAAAGUGAUAUUCAAGACACUAUAAAUCUGAACAUAGAUUCACAAGAACAAUUACGAAGUGCUCUCGAGUCUUUGAAACAACACCAAGAAACAAUUAAUACACUAAAAAUGAAAAUUUCUGAGAAAACUUCUGGGAACUCACUUUUAGAAGAAAACCUAGGAAAAACUAAAGAUGAAUUUCAGCAAAAGAAAGAACUGAAUAUAGAAUCUAAAGACGAUGAAGCUCUACAAAAAGAAGUUGAUUUACUCUCAGAGCUGAAAUCUUUACCCCCUGAACUAGAAAUGCUGAGGAAAGAGAUCCAUGAAAAAUCUGAAGAGCUCUCUAUAAUAAUAUCAGAAAAAGACAAAUUGUUUUCUGAAGUAGCUCAUAAGGAGAGUAGAAUUCAAGGUUUACUGGAAGAAAUUGAAAAAACUAAAGAUGACCUAACAACUACCCAGUUGAAUUAUAAAAGCACUGAGCAAGAAUUUGAAGAUUUAAAAACCCUUCAUAUAGAAUGUGAACAAAAAUAUAAAAUGGUCCUUGAAGAGAAUGAGAGAAUGAAUCAGGAAAUAGGAAAUCUUUCUAAAGAAGCAGAGAAUCUUGGUUUAAGUUUGGAUGCUUUGAAGACUGAGCUUUCUCACAAAACUCAAGAGCUUCAGCAGAAAACAACUGAGGGUCAAGAAAGGUUAAAUGAAAUGGAACAACUGAAGGAACAAUUAGAAAGCAGAGAUUCUAGGCUACAAGCUGUAGAAAAGGAGACAACACUGAUUACUGAGAAACUUCAGAAAGCCUUAGAAGAAGUGAAAACCUUAACCCGAGAAAAAGAUGACCUAAAACAACUCCAGGAGAGCCUGCAGAUUGAGAGAGACCAACUCAAAAGUGAUAUUCAAGACACUAUAAAUCUGAACAUAGAUUCACAAGAACAAUUACGAAGUGCUCUCGAGUCUUUGAAACAACACCAAGAAACAAUUAAUACACUAAAAAUGAAAAUUUCUGAGAAAACUUCUGGGAACUCACUUUUAGAAGAAAACCUAGGAAAAACUAAAGAUGAAUUUCAGCAAAAGGUAGGAGACAUAAAUAAGAAACAGAAUUUGGAAGCUAAAACAAGCCAGGCAUUAAUUGGAGACCUUAAGGAUAGUGGUGUGACUGAGCAACAGAAAAUGAUCUGUUCUUUAAUACAGGAGAAAAAUGAACUCCAACAAAUGUUGGAAAGUAUUACAGCAGAAAAGGAACAACUAAAGACUGACCUAAAGGAAAAUAUUGAAAUGACCAUUAAAAACCAGGAAGAAUUAAGAAUUCUUGAAGAUGAACUUAAAAAGCAACAAGAGAUAGUUGUACAAGAAAAGAACCACGUCAUGAAGAAAGACAAAGAGCUUUCUAAGACCUGUGAGAGACUGGCAGAAGUUGAAGAAAAGCUAAAGGAAAAGGACUUAGAGAAACAAGAGGAACUAAGAAUUGCUCACAUGGAUCUGAAAGAGCACCAAGAAACUAUUGAUAAACUCCAAAGAACUGUUUCUGAAAAAAUUGAUGAAAUAUCAAAUAUGCAAAUGAACUUAGAAAAUGCAAAUGCUGCCAUAAAAGCACAGAUCCAAGAACUUCGGGAGAAAGAACAUCAACUUCUUAAAGUAAAAAAUGACGUGAAGGAAAAUAUGUAUGAAACAGAGCAACUGAAGAAACAACUGGAAGUUCAGAACUCAACUCUGGAGAGUUUAGAAUUAGAGAAGUUAAUGUUGACUCAGAAAAUAAAUGAGAGCCUUGAAAAACUGAAAUUUUUUACUGAGGAAAAUGAUGGCCUAAGAAUUGUGGAGGAAACUCUCAAAAUGGAACGAGACAAGCUGAGGGAAAGCCUUAGAGAAACAGAAGCAAAAAUUCAAAAGCUUAAGGGAAAUGAACAGAAACUUUUUAAAUUAAAAGAAGAUGUCAGUGAGAUACAGAAACAACUCAAGGAUCAAGGUUUAACUCUGGGUAAUUUGGCUCAGAAUCUUCAAGAUAACUUCGAAGAAAUGAAAUCUGUAAUGAAAGAGAGAGAUAAGAUAAGAUCAGAGGAGAUGCUCAAGCUGGAGAGAGACCAACUCAAGGAAAACUUGCAGGAUACCAUUGCUAAAGAUCUGGAGACACAACAGGAACUAAAACUUAUUCAUAUGCAUUUGAAAGAACAACAACAAACUAUUGAGAAAUUCAGAGAGAAAGUUUCAGGAAAGACAACUCAAAUUAUAAAUAUUCAAAAAGAUUUAGAUAAAUCAAAAGAUGAAUUACAGAAAAAGGAUCAUCAGAAUCACAAAGAGGUCAUAAAAUAUGAAAGAAGUUCACUAUGUGAUGGAGAAGAGCACCAUACAGAAAACCUGAGAGAAAAGUGCUUCAGGAUAAAAGAGCUGCUGCAGAGAUACUCAGAGAUGGAUAAUCAUUAUGAGUACUUGAAUAAAUUGUCUUUUGACUUAGAGAAGGAAAUUGAAACCCAAAAAGAUCUUUCAAUUAGAGUAAAAGCAAACCUCUCACUUCCAUACCCACAAACAAAACAGAUUCAAAAACUUUUUGCUGCAAACCAGAGAUGUUCCAUGGAAUUCCAUAGAGUCAUAAAGAAACUAAAGUAUGUGUUAAGCUAUAUUACAAAGAUGAAAGAAGAACAACAUGAAUCCAUCAAUAAAUUUGAAAUAGCUUUUAUUGAUGAAGUGGAAAAGCAAAAUGAACUCCAAAUUAAAAUACAACACCUUCAACAGGAUUAUGACAUACCAUCCAAAGAAUUAAGGCACUCCAAACUGAACCAGAGUUUGGAUCUACAUAUUGAGGAAAUUCUCAAAGAUUUCUCAGAAAAUGACUUCCCCAGCAUAAAGACUGAAUUACAAGUAUUUAGUAACAGGAAAAAAAUGACUCAGGUUUUGGAAGAGUGGUUAAAUACUCCUUUUAAUAUAGAAGAACUUAAAAAUAGCAUCCAGAAAGAAAAUGAUAGCAUUUGUCAAGUGAAUUACUUCUACCAUAAUAAAAUAACUGGUAUAAUAAAUGAAUCAACAGAGUUCGAGGAAAGAAGUGUAACCCGAUCAAAAGAAUGGGAACAUGACCUGAAAUCAAUAAGAGAGAAAAAUAAAAAACUGUUUGAAGACUACCAAACUUUGACAGUCUCCCUAACAUCUGGUGCCCAGGCUAAUUCUAUUGUACAAGACAAUAAAAAUCCUCAUGUUACAUCAAGAGCUGUACAACUAACAGAGAGAAUUCAGGAACUGGAAAAUUCCUUGCGUGAAGCUAAAGAAAAUGCUGUACAUAAGGAAAGCAAGAUAAUAAAGAUGCAGAAAGAACUUGAAAUGACCAAUAACAUUAUAGCAAAACUUCAAGCCAAAAUUAAUGAAUCAAAUAAAUGUCUUGAAAAAACAAAAGAAAUGAUGCAAGCACUUCAGGACCAAGUCGCUUUAGGAGCCAAACCCUAUAAAGAAGAAAUUGAAGAUCUCAAAACAAAGCUGGUGAAAAUAGACUUAGAGAAGAUGAAAACUGCCAAGGAAUUUGAGAAGGAAAUUGAUUCUACAAAAGCCACUAUAGACUAUCAAAAAGAAGUGAUAAGAGUGUUAAGAGAAAAUCUGAGAAGAAGUCAACAGGCCCAAGAUGCUUCAAUGAUAUCGGAACAUACUGAUUCUCAGCCUUCAAAUAAGCCCAUAACCUGUGGUGGUGGCAGUGGCAUCAUACAAAGCACAAAAGCACUUAUUUUGAAAAGUGAAUACAUAAGGCUAGAAAAGGAAAUUUCUAAAUUAAAGCAGCAAAAUGAGCAACUAAUAAAGCAAAAGAAUGACCUGCUGAGCAAUAACCGGCAUCUUUCCAAUGAGGUCAAAACUUGGAAGGAAAGAACCCUUAAAAGAGAGGUUUGCAAAGAAGUAACUUGUGAGAAUUCUCCAAAAUCUCCCAAAGUGACUGGAACAGAUUCUAAAAAGAUACAAAAUAUACCAUCUCAAUACAAGGAACAAAAUGUACAAAAUCCUGUACCAAAGGAAUCGCCAAAAUCUUGGUUUUUUGAUAACCGAUCCAAGUCUUUACCAGCACCUCAUCCAGUUCGUUAUUUUGAUAACUCAAGUCUCGGCCUUUGCCCAGAGGAACAAACCAUAGGAGCAGAAUGUGUGGAUCCUAAGCCAGGACCUUGGUACACCUCAGGAAAAGAUGCACCCGAGUGCAAAACUCAGUAGGCUCCCCUCUGUCACUUUUCUAGAGGCCUUGCAUUCCAUGUUUGGAAAUGAUGCAGUUACUAUAUGUGUCUAUUCAUGGCAGUGAUGUCACAGUCCAACUUAACUUCAAUUUAUUUUUCACUUUGCCACUAGAAUUAGAAAAUAAAGGAACAACAAAUUAAUUUAUUCCAGUAAUUUAGAAUAAUGACAGCUAUACCUUCUUCUUGCAUGUGGUAACACUUUUUUAAAAAGUUUAAUUGUAUUAUUUAUUUAUAUAUAUUGCAAAGAAUAAAAUUAUUGAAGGAAA